AUGGCGCGUCGCGUCGUCGCGAGGCGCGACGUGGUACAAGUGCUGAGCCGCGAUCGCAGUGGCCGUGACGACACAGACGAGCGGCGAUCGCGGUGGAUAGGGGAUGAGAUAAGGCGCGGCGCCCUUGCUGCUGCUGCCACUGCUGGCACGUCACGCGGCGAGUGGGUGAGAUGGGCACCGGGGGUUGCGGCGGGCGACGUGAGGCGAGGAGCGAGCUGGGCGAUCAGGAGAAGGAGGCGAUGCGGUGCAAGCGAAGAGGACAGUGUUGCAACAGCCACUCCUGCCCCUUUCCCUCACACCUUCCUGACAGUCACGCCCGCCAACCCUGACCUUUCCCGCACACCUUCCCCUUUCCCUCCCUCUGUCCAUCCCAUUUACUCAAAUGACGCAAACCGGACGUUUAUCGUGUCGAUCGUAUCUCUGAGCGCGCGUGCUUCACCCGCCACCGUCAUCGUCGUCGUCGCGGGAGUCCCGAAAAUGAACACGCGGGCCUUUCCGCAGCCGCACUUGACCGCACUGCGCACCUCCUCGCCGCCGCCGCCCUCCGCCGUCCUGCCGCGGCUUUCCGCGCGCACAUUCCCUUCACAGGCACGUGCAGGCGCGGUGAGAGCGGCGGCGGUGGCGGGGGGAGACGGACAGGCGCACGAUCGCACCGCCGCGGCCAGCCCCGCAGCUGGAGAGCGCGAGGGCGUUAGCGGCGGGGCAGCGGGCUUGAGCGCAGAGGCGGGGAGUGGGAGCGGCGAGACGAAGACGUGUCGACGGUACCACCCUGCUUUGUUCACAGGGGGAGAGAGGGGCAAGGCCGUGGGGUUCACUAGAGCCAGCAGCCGCCCGGAGGACCAGCUGAGUGUAGUGCAUGGCACAGGGCUCCUCAGAUUCUGGGACUGCUGUGGCGCCGUGGAUGUUGAUGCGCCUGGAUGCACUUGUGGGCCUCAUGCGUCCUUUGAUGAGUUCGACUAG